GCUAAAUAUAGAUCGGGAAACCCUUAGGAAGAAAUAUGGCGACAACCUGGACUUAAAAAGUUUCAAUUGAUGUUCUUGUGUAUCCUAUCGAGUCAAGAACAAGAGAUUGAUUGAUAUGUCAACUUCAAGUAAACUUCUAGUGGCAGCCAUUGACUUUGGAACCACAUACAGUGGCUACGCUUUUUCAUUCAAACACGAAUAUGACACCGAUCCCCUGAAAGUCUGUUCAAACAACUGGGCCGCGGGUUCCAGAAGCCUGGUGUCACUAAAAACCCCGACCUGCGUCUUGUUUGACAAGGACAAGGUGUUUGAUUCCUUUGGCUAUGAAGCUGAAGAUAAAUAUUCAGAGCUAGCAGAGGAGGAGGAGCACCAGGAGUGGUACUUUUUCAGACGGUUUAAGAUGUCCCUAUUUAACAAAAAGGAACGGCUUUCAGAGGAUGUGAAGAUAAAAUCCACAGACGGGAAGGAAAUGAAGGCAAUCGAUGUCUUCUCUGCAGCCAUCAAUUUCUUGAGGGGCCAUUUGCUUGACACUCUAGAAAAACGAGCGACGGGGGUGAGGGAGACAGACAUACAGUGGGUCCUCACAGUCCCCGCUAUCUGGGACGACGCUGCCAAGCAGUUCAUGAGGGUAGCCGCAGAAAAAGCUGGUAUUGCAAAGGAACAGCUACUCAUUGCCCUGGAGCCUGAGGCAGCUUCCUUAUACUGUAAACAUCUUCCGGUGGAGAGACUUCAAGCAGAGGGUGGGGCCCAGGGGUUUGUGGCCUUCUCUAAAGGCAGCAAAUAUCUAGUCCUGGACUGUGGAGGAGGGACAGUAGACAUCACCGUCCAUGAAGUUCAGGUAGACCUGACCCUCAAAGAGCUGUACAAGGCCAGUGGAGGGGCCUGGGGAGGGACGCAGGUGGACGAGGCCUACAAGCAAAUGCUGAUCAAAAUCGUCGGCGCCCCCACUAUGAGAAAGUUUGCUGAAGAACACACAGCAGACCACGUGGACAUGUACCGAGAAUUCGAAACGAAGAAACGGGCCAUCACUGGAGACACCAAGGGAAAAGUCACCAUCAAAAUUCCCAUUUCUCUUGUGGAAAUGUUUCAGGAAGAUACUGAAGAAGAUAUUAAAGACACAAUUGAAAAUACAAAAUUUUCAGGGAAGAUAAAUUGGGUAGGAGACAAAUGUCGCAUCACUGCAGAAGUCUUUAAAGGUUUAUUUGAAGUUGCCAGUAAUAAUAUUGUUGCUCACGUUACAGACUUGUUAAAGAAACACGAGAUUUCCAAUACAAAUAAUAUCAUCAUGGUGGGAGGGUUUUCAGAGUCACCCAUUUUACAACAUAUAAUCAAACAGGCCUUCCCACACAUGAGAGUAAUUAUUCCCCCCGAAGCUGGACUAGCUGUGCUGAAAGGAGCAGUAUUAUUUGGACACAAACCUGCCACAAUAUCGUCUCGUGUUGCUAAAUUCACAUACGGAGUGGCAACAACCAUGAACUUUAAUCCUAAUAUUCACCCACCAGAGAAGAAAAAGAAAUAUGGAAACCAAAUCAAAUGUAUAGACAUUUUCUCGAAACAUGUCGAAAAAGGACAGCAGUUGAAAGUCAAUGAGGUGCAGAGUGAGAAUACUUACAAUCCGGUGGAGGAUGAGCAGACGUCUAUGUGCUUUCAGGUUUACACAUCGACAGAGUUAAACCCAGCCUACGUCACGGAUGAAGGAUGCGAGAAGAUUGGAGAGAUGGAGGUCGCCAUGCCUGACACGUCAGGCGGACGCAACAGAAGUGUCAUGUGUGAAAUGAUUUUCGGUGGCACAGAACUGGAAGUCAAGGCUACUAUCAAAAGAAAUGGCCAAGUCACUAAAGCAAAAUUCAAUUUCCUUGGUUCUCCGGGAAAGAGUUCUUCGUGAUUACGGUGUACACUGUAGUUUCUGUGAACUAGAAAUGUAAUGAGAACACUCUUGAUAUUUUAAUGCUCCUUGUAUAUUGUUGACAUUUUAUAUCAAAUUUUCUCUUUCCUUGACAUGCAAUGAACUGUAUGUAACAAUAUCAAUUAAACCAUAGAUAUGCUGUA